AUUCAAACGCUUAGAAUCCUUUCAAUUAAAAAUUGCGGUACACCGCGUUCGUUCCCCCCACAACCGGAGUUAUAAAUAUUUCCAUUUUCUUCAAUCACUCUCAUCAUCUUACAACCAAUCUCUCUCUACCCAGAUCAGAUUAUUGUUUUAAGCAAUGGGGAAAGACAAAGACAAUGAAGGACAACAUGAUGACAGAGGUGUUUUCUCUCAAAUUGGUCAUGCCAUGGGAGGAUACCCACCUGGUCAACACGGAUAUCCUCCACAACAAGGAUACCCUCCUCAACACGGAUACCCUCCUCAACAAGGGUACCCUCCACAACAAGGGUAUCCUCCUCAACAAGGGUACCCACCUGCAGGUUACCCUCCUCAACAAGGUUACCCACCCUCUGGCUACCCUCAACAUGGUGGAUACCCUCCCGGUUCAUCUGCUCCUCAUCAAGGAGGUCAUGGAAUCGGUGUUGGUGGAAUGCUGGCUGGUGGUGCAGUUGCAGCGGCUGCUGGUUACGGUGCAUCCCAUCUAGCCCACGGUGGAUCGCAUGGUGGAUCGCACGGAGGUUAUGGUGUACCAGGAGCACAUGGUGGAUUUGCACACGGAGGAUACGGCCAUGGAGUGGGUCAUGGAGGUAAGCACGGAAAGCAUGGAAAGUUCAAGCAUGGAAAGCAUGGAAAACACGGCAAACAUGGUGGUGGCAAGUUCAAGAAGUGGAAAUAAGCCAUUUUUCCAAGUUUUUCUAAUGUUAUAAUAAGGUCUUCUCCGCGGACAAACAAAGAAAACAAAACUUGCUCUAUCUUCUUAGUGGAAUGAUAUUUGACUGUUAUUUUAUCUAUAUAUUAUUAUGUUUAUGUAAUGCUUUUUUUUCAUUAUGAUGUAAGACUUUCAAUUGCUUGCUUUAUAUAUAUAAUAUGAAUGAACUUAUUUAAAAUUUA